AUUUAUUUCUAAAACAAAUAUAAGACCCACCUCCGCGCCAAGAACCUCGAACCGAACGAACCCAAGGUUCAUUGAACUCCCUAACCAGCCUCAAGGACCUCAGCGACCCGACCCUUACCCUUUUGGGAGCCAAGAAGAGCGCCGAAAAGUAUGCAACGGGCCAUGGACCAUCAGGGCAUAAACUAAUAUUAACGAUUUUCUCACUUCACUUCGCUUCACUUCUCGUCCCCUCCCCUACCCCAGGCAGCAGCAAGCAGCAUCCCACCGCAGUGGGCCAACAAACACACACACACACACACACACACGUACAAACUCUCACCGACAAGUGGACCAAAAGGCGGACAUGCGCAAAUACCAUUUUGGUAGUGGUAGCAAGACAAAAGUUAACGUUAAUAGCGCCUAAGAGCGAGCCAGAGAGAGGGAGAGAGAAGCUGCACUGUGAGAGAGGAUUAAGAGAGCGCACAAAAGUCAAAAGAGAAAAUGGCCUUUUCGCGCCACAACAUUGAAAAGCGCCGACUCAUCGAGCUAGUGCGCCUAAAUCCCAUCCUGUGGGACUGCCGCCUGCCACACUACAAGCGAUCCGACAAGAAGAAGGCCAUCAAAUGGAACGAGCUGGGGCGCCUGUUCAACGUGACCGGGGAGCGGGUGCAGCGCACCUUCACCUCCCUGAGGGAGAUCUUUCGACGGGAGCUGAACCACGAGAAGAUGCUGGGCACGACGCGAUUCAAGUCCAAGUGGGAGUACUACGAUGCCAUGGCAUUUCUCAAGGAGGUGAUACGAGAGCGCAAAUCACGGGAACGCAUUAAGCAGGGUCCCACUGAUCCUGUCCCCAGGUCCAUAUCCACCACCAACAAUAACAACAAUAACAACAACAACAGCAACAACAAUACCAGCAACAACAAUACCAGCAACAAUAAUAACAACAACAACAACAACAGUGUGGCAAUGGACGAGUACCAAUAUUUUGCACCCAGCGAUCCCAACAAUCCCAACAAUCAGCCGCAAGCGCAGUCGCAGGCGCAGCCUCUGCCGCAGCCAAAGCCCAACGUGACGUCAGUGAGCAAUCCUGCAAGCAUCCUGCCCAGCCUCAGCCAACUGCCUGCCGCGCUGCUACCACAGGCGCAGCACUUACAGGCGCUCCAGCUGCAGCCGGAUGUGACGCUGACCUCGUUGAGUGCUCUGCCGAAGCAGCCGCCGUCCGUAGCCGCAUCCUCAUGCGCAGUGCCCGCAGCAAAUGUGUCGCCUGCCCUGGUGCUGUCCAGCUCACGUUCCUGCAGCUCCUCGCCCUCCAUCUACAUCAAGGACGAGCCGGGCUCUCCAGAGGAUGCAGACGGGAAUGGAAGCGGCACCAAGCUGGCCACCAUUCGUCCACAGACUAAGCAGCAGCUGAAGGCGCGUCUGCAGGCGCCGGCACUCAAGAGCGCCUCCAUCUACGCGACAUCCCCGCCACGUCUCAUUAUCAAUGCGAACAACGAGCUGAUCGAUGCCGAUGCUGGGGACCUGGACGAUGAUCUGGAUGACUACGACGAGGAUGACGACGACACAGGUCGAUACUCGCCCGUGGUGGAUGUGGAUAUGUUGGGGCCCGACGGCCGCUUCUCGCCCGGCGGCAGCAGCUACACGCGCGUGGGUGCCGGUGGCGGUGGCGGUCGCUCGCAUUCCCAGCCCCGGCAUCUGCCCAGCCCCCGAGAGCUGCUCUACAUGAAGUUCGGCGACUUUCUGGCUGCCCGACUGAACACCUUGAACGAGACUGUGGCCAAUGAGCUGAUGAACAAGAUAUUGCUGCUCAUUGCAGAGAAAUGAGCGGCCGUCAGAGACAGAGUAGGAACGCUCGCAAAUAUGAUUGAAUCGACAAAGGAGUGCUCCCAGCCCAAAGGCUAACUUUUAGUAUAAACUUAAUAUUAAUAAUAAUAAUUUGUAUGCAUCAAAGUCUGUAUUAUGUGCCAUGGAAGACAAAACAAAACAAAACGUUAAAUUGUAUGAUAAAUCCAACACUAUAUAAAAUAUUUGAAGUGAUUUUUAAAAGGCACAAA